AAACUUUUGAAAUGGAUGUGGUUGUUUAAGGGUCCAGUGACAGUGCGUAUAGAGACCAUGCCUGUUGAUAGAACUGAAGCUCGAUCUAACAGAUUUACUGAACAAGAAGCUUUCUGGAAUGUCCCUUUACAUGAAACAAACAUUAUCUGUGAUAUAGCUGUAACGAAAGCCAGUGACAGAAGUCCGGGCCACACUGCAGCUGACAUUAUACAUAUAGGUACAGCAAACCCUGUUGGACUGUACUCUAUGAACCCACGUACAAUGACGGCAAACUUUCUCGACAUGUACGAUGUUUUCCCAAUGAUCAGCGGUUCUUACAGACCGUAUGUUAAAUUAUACCCACUGGGAGCCCCUCUAGAUGAUAAUAUCAUUCUACAUGAAGAAGUUACUAACACUAUACUGAAUAUAAACUACGAGACCGGUGAGAUUUCACGUGUAGUGAUUGACAGUUUACCUCAGACUGCUCCAGAGAGAGGUAGAUUUGUGUCGGCUGCAGCAACCAAGUCUAGUCCGUACAGAUUGUGUACAAAUUGUGUUCCUGAUCCCUGUGGUACUGUUGUGUUCUAUGAAAAAAAUGGAGAUUUUCUGGAGUUUGUUAGUGUAUUAGAGGGUAUAUCACACAAUGUGUCAAUACCAAUACACGUCAAUGAUGUUCAUCAGACAGGCACUAACAAAUGGUUACUGACAGAAGAUAAAACUUUCAAGAAGUACUUGUUGAUCAGAGAUGGAAUUGAAGAUUUUAAGUUGAACGCCAUCAUAGAGGAAGAUGGUGCUAGCAGUAUGUAUAUACAGAAAUGUUCAACAGUACCUAUGUCUGAUAAUGUACUGUCUGCUACCCUGGGGGAGAAAAUAUCAUCACCUAACAGAGUAAUGGUUUCUCCAGACUCCUAUGGUAGUGUAUUGAAAGGAUUUCCAGAUCAGGCUAAGACUGAGAUUUAUAAAAGUCCACGGGAACCAUUCAAGGAUGAACAGCCUGUGUCAGGAGAUAAGUUACUUGGAUUUACAUUAAAACAAGAUAAACAAAGCCCAGCACCAUCUGUUGUAUAUCUGCCAGACUGUGGACAAGUUGUUAGAACCAUUCCUACAUGGAAAGCCCCAGAAGGUGUUUUCCCUAAAGGUGGUAGUAAUACAGCUGGUUUAGGUGGUAUCGGUGGUCCAUACAGAUUAGACGCCGGUCAUAAUGUGGCUCAAGUUGCCCAGUGGGAGAAAGAUAACGUACCAGAACAUGUUCGUAAAGCUGCCAGGGAAAUGGGACAAAAAGCAUUUAAAGAAAGAUUAAAGGAAAUACAGAUGAGUGAGUAUGAUGCCGAGACGUACGAGAAUUUUGCUGGUCAUGUAAGAAGACAAGUUCAGUCACUCCGAGUGAUCAUAGACAGUCUACAGGCAAAGAGUAAAGAGCGUCAGUGGUUGAAAAAUCAGACAUACGGUGAUUUAGAUGAUGCUAAACUAAUUGAUGGUCUGACAGGGGAGAAAACUGUGUAUAAACGACGAGGUGAAAAAGAACCAGAGAUGGGUGCUAAACAAGAAUUACCUAAGAAGUUACGAUUAUUGGUAGAUGUAUCAGGUAGUAUGUACAGAUUUAACGGACAUGAUGGUAGACUAGAGAGAGAGAUGGAAACAGUGAUUAUGUCAAUGGAGGCUCUAGAAGGAUAUGAGGACAAAAUAAAGUUUGAUAUAGUGGGCCAUUCUGGAGAAGAUCAUAAAGUAGAGCUCACUAGUUUUGAUAAACCACCAAAAAAUAACAAAGAAAGAUUAAAGGUUGUCAAGACAAUGCACGCUCACUCUCAGUUCUGUAUGAGUGGAGACACAACUCUAGAAGCUACACGUCAUGCUGUCAAUACGUUAGCAAGAGAAGAAGCUGAUGAAAGGUUCCUCAUUAUUCUAAGUGAUGCUAACUUUGAUCGAUACGGUAUCUCACCAGCAAGGUUUGGUCAGAUUCUACGUAGUGAUGAGAAAGUGAAUGCGUAUGCUAUAUUUAUAGGAUCACUGGGUGAUCAAGCUGUCAGGUUACAUAAACAGCUACCAAUGGGUCACGCAUUUAUCUGUCUGGAUACGAAAAACCUGCCUCAAAUAUUGCAACAGAUCUUCACUUCUACUAUGCUCUCAAAAUAAUACUAUGGUUUUAG